CAUACAUUAGUAUAUAUUGAGUCACAUGUAAGAGAUUCUUUCUCUGGCGAACAAACGCACUACGAGCUUGCCUACCAGUCAGUCAGAGCCCAAGCAGUAGUGAGGAACAAAGAUUCGGUGCUAACCUUCCGGAACUGCACAAACAUCAAAACUACAGACCACGAAUCGCUCCCUUCAUGGCAAACUUACUUCUGGUUGUUUGGGUAUUGUUCGGAUUUUUCCUGCAGAAGUCCUUCACACAGUCGCUAGACGAUGAGUGGGGAGAAUGGUCGCCAUGUUCUCGUUCAUGUGGAGUAGGAGUGUCCUCCCAAGAUAGAAAAUGUCUGGAUGUGACAGAUGACGGGUCCUGCCCUGAACCAAGAAGAAAAUACAGAACAUGCAAUAUACAGGAUUGUCCGGCGGAGUCUGGUGACUACAGAUAUGAACAGUGUGCCAGCUUCAACAAUAGAACAUUACAAGGAAAAAAGUACAAAUGGGUUCCCUAUAUUCCAGAACGUGAUCCAUGUACGCUAAACUGCAUGCCAAAAGGCGAGUAUUUUUAUUACCGCUGGGCCGCCAAGGUGGUAGAUGGUACCAAAUGCAGCCCUGAUUCAUAUGAUAUCUGCGUCAAUGGCAAAUGCGAGCCUUUGGGAUGUGACCUCAUUAUGCAUUCAAAAGCCAAAGAGGACAAAUGCCGGGUAUGCAACGGUAAUGGAGAAAACUGUCGUACCAUAACCGGCAAAUUUACAGGAGUCGGUGAUGGUUACAAGGAGUUUGCCGUCAUCCCAUCAAGCGCAACUAACAUCGUUAUCACUGAGGAAGCUCCAGCUGGUCAUUUCCUGGCUCUUGCAGAUUCCAAAGGAAACUUCUUUUUGAACGGCGACUUCGAUGUGACAAAUCCGCGUACAUAUAAGAUCGCUGGCUCUCUGUUUCGGUACGAAAGGUCGAGCUCAGGAAAAGAAGAAAUACGAUCACUUGGGCCAAUCUCGCAGCCCGUCCAUGCACAUAUUCUAAUGAGAGAGGGUCAUAACAAUCCUGGCGUAUCCUACGAGUUUUCUAUCCCUAAAUCAAUCAAAGAACUUCCUAAACUUGCAAAGUAUUCAUGGAAAACAAGUAAUUAUGGUCRAUGUAGUGCCACGUGUGCUGGAGGAUAUCAAUACCGCAAAAUUACUUGCCUUCGUGAUCGCGAUAACAAAGAAGUGCCGCCUUAUCAAUGCGAUGCUAAAACCAAGCCAGCAACAAAAAGAGAUUGUAAUACACAACCAUGUCCACCAAGUUGGUUUAUCAGUGGAUGGACUGCUUGUUCUACCACAUGUGGCCAAGGAAAACAGGUUCGUCGUGUUCAUUGUGAGCACGUGGUACAAGGAGGUGAAAGUAAAAUGAUUCCAGAUGAACGAUGUACAACAUCUAAACCCAUUGCUAUGCGUGUGUGUAGUAAACAAAGGUACUGUCCUGUAUGGAGCGUCACAAGAUGGUCUCAGUGCUCAGUGUCGUGUGGUAAUGGCAUUAUCACUCGUAAAGUUCGAUGUCGUCAAGUCUCUAUCAACGUUAAUGACAACAUAUAUCUGCCAGACGAAGGCUGUGACGUCAAUAUUAAACCCACCACUACUGCAAGGUGCAACCCAGGCCCCUGCACGGUCAAAUGGAUUGCUUCUGACUGGAGCCUGUGUUAUCCAAAAUGUGGCCGUGGAAUCAGCACAAGAAUGGUGUAUUGCGUGAGCGUGACCGAUCACAAUCAAAAAUAUCCUGACACGUUGUGUGACAAUCGAACUAGACCUACUAGUCGUAAAGAAUGUUCCAGCUCCAAAGCUUGUCCGCCAAUGUGGCACGGCUCUCAGUGGAGUGGGUGUACCGCGUCCUGUGGUGUCGGCAUGCAGAUGCGCAAUGUAAUCUGCGCAGUGCGUGAGAUCAACAUGUUGAAGAUUAUAUCACGUGACCAGUGUAAUGCUUCAUACGCCAUGCCAUCAGUGAGGAAGUGUUCUACCAAACCUUGUCAGGCUGGAUGGUACAUAUAUCCAUGGCAACCGUGUUCAAAAUCUUGUGGAAUCGGAAUAAGGCGAAGAAAAGUCAAGUGCUUUGCUGAUUCUAGUGAAGUUCCAGACGAAAGGUGGUGUGACCAGAAAACAAAGCCAACCGAAGUGGAGGUCUGUACUGUACAGAGCUGUCAAUCAGUCACUUUGACCCCACGGGAAAGAAUCACCGAAAAGCCAACGACGGAAAGACCAACUACCGAGAGGCCAACGACAGAGAGACCAACUACCGAGAGGCCAACGACUAGAAGGCGAACUACGGAGAGGCAAACGACAAUGAGACAAACCACCGAGAAGCCAACGACAGAGAGACAAACUACCGAGAGGCCAACGACAGAAAGGCAAACUACCGAGAAGCCAACGACAAAACGACGAACUACCGAGAAGCCAACGACAAAACGACGAACUACCGAGAAACCAACGACGGAAAGGCAAACUACCAACGAUGUAACGACCAAACAAAGGGUAACAAAACAAAGCACGAAAAAGAGAACAGAAGUAAAGAUCACGAAACGUCCAACAACCGAACCAAGUGAAGUGAUUACUCAACGACACCCAGAUGAAGAUACCACAACGAGACGAACCAGACCAAGAAUCACUAUUGCACCUACUACUAUCAUCAAAAUACCCGCUAAAAUAGUAGAAGCUCCUAGGGAUAAAGUUCGGUUCGUUGGGUCUGAAGUAUAUCUGCGAUGUAGAGCCACAGGUAUCCCACCACCCAAGAUAACCUGGCGCAAAGGUAUGUUUCCGGUUAGUUCACUUGGAGAACGUUAUCAGAUGCUAGCAGAGGGUACGUUAUAUAUAGACAAAGUGCGUCCUGAGGAUGAAGGAACAUACACUUGUUUUGCUGGCAACUUUGUUGGAUCCAUGGACAGAAGAGUCGCUGAACUUAGAGUUGUUGUUCCAGUGUCAGUCAAGAUACGACCAUCAAAAAGACAUGAAGUAUCAGCUGGUCAGCAGGUUGUGCUAGGAUGUAAUGUUCAAGGGAAACCAACUCCCCAAGUCUACUGGUACAAGGAUGGCAGUCUGUUUGAUAUCAAUUCUCCACGUAUUUCAACUACUUCCCAGAGAAUCACCAUCAGUAGUGCGCGUGUCAGGGAUUCGGGACGAUACGAGUGUCGAGCCUCAAACGAUUAUAGUCAAGCUACAGAUUUAGUGGUUCUGACAGUUAAAGGAGAAGAGCCAGUUAUUCCCACAACCCCACAAGUUUGUGAAGACAAUCCUGUCAUAGCCGAUUGUAGUAUAAUUAAGAUUGCUGGUUACUGUACAAAUGACUUUUACCAACAAGCCUGCUGUAAAACCUGUUCAAAGCAUCCAAGCAUCAGGAACUAAUCACUAGCACAAGUAAUAGAUGAUAUGUUUGUUAAUGUUGUCAAUAUUGCCAUAUUGCAUUAUUUUUUUGUUUUGGAAAUAGCAGAAGUUCCUAUGGCUAAAACCUUACCUAUGCCAUAAACCAUUUCACUAUUCUUAGCCUUUUACGUGACGUAUAUCCGGAAUGUCAUUCUUGUUCUGCUCUUGACUUACAAACCUUUUGUUUGAAACUCCUUGUACAUAGAAAUCUCUCAAAUCUCGGUCAUUCUACGAGAUAUAAUGUACUUAUUUACUUCCAGUCUCGUAUAAUAUGAAUCACGGUUACCAUGGUGUUGAAGGACUCUAUCACGUAAUUAUCGAUUGUACCAAUCACGUGAUAUAUGAUAUUAGGCAGUAUUAGACCAAUCACGUGAUAUAUGAUAUUAGGCAGUAUUAGAGUAUUAUAGGUUAUUAUGAGUAUCAAAGUUUAAAAAUAAACACGUUAACAGUGAGUUUGUUGUA